GUUAGCGUCAUCGCUGUAACUUUCCCUCUUGCAUCUACUCCUGGCUAGUGGCUUCUGUAAAAGUAGCGUCUAGCACGUUUGCAGUAAUGCGGGAUAACGUGAUGCGACGCAAUGCUGAGAAAGUCGUUUCCUUUGCAAGGUUCUUUAUGGAGGCGACAUGCAUUCCAUGGCAAAGCUAGGUAUUAGCUGACGAGUACAUGUUAUGGAUCGGUAUCAAAGGCCUCUUCAACCCACAGUGACUUCGCUUGUCUGGCAAAAGAAGCAUUUUAGCUUCCACAGCUGGGAUAUCCAUGACGUCAGUAUUGAAAGACAGAGUUUGGGUUGCUUGGUGGUCCUACAGCCCUUCGCUCGCCAAAACGUCGCGAGCGUGCUUGCGAUACACCACUAGCAUGCCUGUCGCCCUCGUCCUGCAAGCCCUGUUGUUUCUCCUCGACCAAAGCGUGGUGCUGGCAGCCCAGCCUAUUACUUCCGGGUGCUUCGCUUCUUCAAGCUCGGUGAGGUUGCUCUCCUCGCUGAGCGCACAGCAGGUAGCGGACGGGGCUUUAAUCUCCCCCGUGGAGGCCACCUGGGACUUUGAGCGCAAGAAUGGGACGCUGGCGGCCGCAGCAGGCGCCCGUGUCAACAUGUCUUGCUUGGCGGCGGUGAACGUGACGCUGCCCGGACCCACCGGGUCGCGGGGCUUCUUGCAGCCAGCGGCAAUCGACCUUUCAGCCGCGACAGGCCUUGACAUGGACCACGUGUCCCUGAGCACCGACUGCGACACGGUACUGGAGUACCAGCAGUUCUUCUGCUCCUCCCACAGCGUCGCGGGCAGCCUGACGCUUGAGCCGGGAGCAGUCUACUUCAGCCAGUGGCAGGACGGCUUCACCUCGCUGCGGAAUGUGACCCUCACGUGCAGCGCGCCCAACCAGACGGCCCCGCAGCCCCCCUGCCGGCUGGCGGCAGUGCAGACGGCGCAGCAGCUGCUGGACGCGUUCCUGGUGUACGCAACCGCAGUCGCUGCGAACGUCACAGUAGUGGUUGCGGAUAACAUUACCCUAGCAAACAGCUCCUGGCCCAACUGGCCGGUGCCCGUCGUCACCAACGUGACAAUGGUGGGCUCGGCGCGCCUGUACCGGCCCGUGUUGGACUUCAACCUCAUGACCAGCAUGUGGCGGCUGAUACCGCCGUACCACGUGUUCAUGGUCAACCUGACGUGCAUCAACCUGGCCCCAGCGUACUACAGCCCGGGUAUCAUCUUCUCCCAGUUCGGCAUGCUGUCGGAGCGCAUGUGGGCGUUUCGCAGGUACGACCGUCUGCUUCACCUGGCGUACUGCACGCUGGUGGUCCCCAAGGAGCAGCUGGCGUACACCAGGUACUGGAUCACGUUCCUCGUAUCGCCUGUACCUGAGGCACAGGACAAGGCUGCAUGGAUCCGGAUCAACGGGAUGAAGGUCUCCGCCGUGAACGCCACCGGGGUGUACUACGACUAUGCGGAGGCCUACACCGUCUACUACGACCACGUGCUGGUCACCGACCACCUGAACAGCAGCCGCUUCCCGCUGCUGCCCCAGAACACGGGGCUGGCGCAGCUGCAGGCCGACAACGUGCCCCUGACCGCCGUCAACCCGGCCAUCAAUGCGUCGGACAUGAUGCUGGCACUCAAUCCAAACUUCAGCAGCCCCGACGACAAGGGCAGGCGAUGGGUGCUACUCGUUGCCAACAUCACCCUUCCGCGCGGUGCCAACGGGUCCGCAGCGGCUGCGAACGCCAGCUUCAACAGGACAGCCGUGACGAUCCCGGGCGACACAGUUGUUAGCCAGGGUCCUGGGCUGAACACAGUCCGGCUUGACGUUGGUGGCGGGAUGGACCGGCUCAUCAUUCCCGCUGGUAAGAAGCUGCUGCUGCGUCAGCUGGUGUUGAGCGGGCUGGCGGCUCGUCGCUCGUCGUACAGCGCUGCGGACCCGCUGGGUGUGCUGGUGAGCCCGCUGUGGGGCCUGUCGCUGGCGAAUGGCAGCAGUGUCGGCCUGGAGGGCUGCACGGUGCUGGUCAGCGCGGACGAGCUGAGGCUGCUGCAGCAGGCGCUGCUGCCGGCCAACGAGACGCAGGGGCAGCCGUACAGCAGCGCAGUCGUGGAUGCGGUGCGGGAGUUCUUCUCGAACUCGUUCAAAGAAACACCGAAUGUGGGGUCAUAUGGAGCGUUGUACAUUUAUGUGGAGUCGGGUGCGACGCAGCGGUACAGCAUGACGGGCGUUACGUUCCGGACCCCCGUGGCAGCGGAUGGCGAGCUCGCCUCCAGCAACUUCACGGUGCUGGGUGUGCCGUACGACACGGGGGGUAGAGGCAAGCUGGCAGGCUGGGCAGUGGGGGUCCUGGUGGGGUGCCUGGUGGGUGGCGUGCUGCUGCUGGCCCUGGCGGCGGCGCUGCUGGUCAUGCGGCGGCGCCGGCGGCAGGGCAGCGGCGGCGGGCAGGGCGCGUACGACAAGUACCUCCGCGCCAGUGCGGACCCCGGGGCGGGGCCGCAUGCGGGCGGCGGCGGACUGGACUUGAUGCCCCCGAGCACGGAGCUCACCAACAGCAGCCAGGUGCUGCGGCCGGGGGCGCGCAACAGCGAUGUGGAGGCGGCAGACGCGGUGUUACGAAGGCUCAAGGGGGGCGGGUUGGAUCCAACCUCUGCGUCCGGAGACGUGUUGCUCACGGGUUCAGGCGGCCAGGGCAGGAUUGGCUGUGUCGCUGUUCCCUUUGGCGUUCCCACGAUGGCAUCCGGCCAGAUGAGUGGCAGCAGCGGCAAUGGGCUAAGUACCCCAUACAUGACGGCAGCAGCAGUUGCCGCCGCGGCUGCAACCGGCGUGUCUCCCGAAGUGGAUUCCUUUGACCGGCCGCCCAGCACCUCCAUGUUGGGUCAUCACGGCCCAGUAGCAGUGGGGGCCUCGGGAGCGAGGGCCAGUCGCCAGGCCCGUGGCUCGCACAGCCAGGCGUCUUCGGCUUCGGUCUCCGGGCGCAACGCCUCCUCUAUGCCUUCUGGCAUUAGCCGUGGCGGGGCAAGCAGUGUCAGCAACCGCGGCCGGGAAGGCGCCCCGGAGUUGGAAAACAUGCACCGGACGAUCCAGGAGCUGGGGCAGGAUUUCAUGGAUCGGCAUCUGGAGAUUGUGGGCGAGAUUGGGAGAGGCGCGCAUGGAACCGUGUACAAGGGCACGUGGCGCGGCCUGCUGGUUGCCGUCAAGUCCAUGAUCUUCUGCUCCGACAGCAAUGCGCGGCAGCAGCAGCGGCCGCUCAUGGAGGCGGCCAUCAGCUCUAACCUGGCGCACCCUAACAUUGUCACCACCUACUCGUACGAGCUGCGGGAGGUGGAGCACGAGCUGGCCAGCCUGUCUCCGGAGCUGGCCCGGCAGGGGGGCGGCUGGCGGCUGCUCAUCAUCCAGGAGUACUGCGACGCGGGUCCGUUGCGGAGAAUCGUGGAUUGCGGCUUCUUCUUGACACCUGCAAGGCCCAGGUCCCCAGCCGGGCCCUCCCAAGGGGCUGCAGGCGGCCAAGCCUCCAGCAGUGGCGAGGACAUGAACGCCUUGCAGCAGCCCCCCGACAGCGGCACCAGCAACGGCAACAAGGCCAGUGACAAGGGCCCACCGGAGAGCGGGGCUGGCGAGGUUGUUCCCCGCAGCAACGGUGACGUCAGAAUCCAAGUCCCAGGGGUCCAGACGCUUUCCGCCGGUCAGCCUGCUCGUCAGUUGGUGGUUGACGACGUGCCCGCCGACGUUCCUCCGCGGCCCGGCAGCAGCCUGCAGGCGGCUCAGCGCUACGUGGAGGCGGCGCUCAUGGUAGCUCGCGGGCUGCAGCACGUGCACGACAAGAACAUUGUGCAUGGCGACCUGAACCCCAACAACGUGCUGCUGGUGCGCGCGCCCGCCUCGCCGCUGGGCUUCUGCCUCAAGGUGUCGGACUUCGGGCUGUCGCUGCGCAUGUCGGAGGGCGAGUCGCACCUCUCGAACCUCUUCCAGGGGUCGCCCUACUACUGCGCGCCGGAGGUUCUGCUUUCUGGCAAGCUCAGCAAGAGCGCCGACAUCUACUCUCUGGGCAUCAUGUUGUGGGAGCUUCAGAACGGCUCCCGGCCGCCCUGGCGCAGGGGCGUGCGGCUGCGCACCUUCCCCUCGCUCAACACCGGAGAGCUCGAGUUCGGCUCCGAAACCCCGCCGCGGUACGUGCGCCUGACGCGCGAGUGCUUCCAUGCGUCCAAGGAUGCGCGACCCGGCAUUGCAACUGUCGUACAAACGUUGGCUGCGUUAAAGGCGGACCUAGACGCUACGUGAGGCAACGAACGACUGUACGACUGACAGGCCACAGUUGGACGGCAUUGCUCGGGUUUAUAACCUGCAGCCGAUCAUGGCCCUGCAGCUAGUAGGAGUGGCGUUUGCAGCCUUGUCGUUAGUUGUAACCGACGGUUGGUUAACUUGACUGUGGGCUCUGCGGUGAAAGACCGCCGCAGGUGCCCACUGUUGGCGACCAGUUUUAAACCCAAUCCAAUUGAACAUUGUGAAGAUGAAGGAGCUUUUGCCCAUUGUUGUAGAGAUUGGGUAUAUUUGAUGUUGAAUUAUCAAGACUCUCACGUGCAAUGGACCCUUUCCCAAAAUGAUGUAUCUGAUGCGCGUGACGUGCACUGCUAUUGUGUGUGUGUUACGUGUGCCGAAUGAUGGUGCAGCAUGCACAACCCGUGUGUGUGCCCUGCAUUCAAUCUGCCGAUGCAUGCAUUGCAGCUUGGGAAGCUGCCAAGCCGGAUAAAGACACUUGCCGGUUACCUUUUCUCUCGAAGGGCUUGUGUGGCAUGCACACAUAGGUCCUUAGGGCGCUCGAGCCGCUUUGCUGCAUGUCCGCGGAUGCUUUAUGCCAUAUGUGUUGUUGGUGUUACUGAGUUGCCCAUUCUGGCAAUGCUUGUCUCGCGCGUUUCGCUUCAGGGUCAUGUUUGGCUCUGAAACCUUUCCGUUCAUAACGUGCAUGAAGAAAAGACGGGCAGUUAGCAACGCUUGGUGAAGUAAGUAAUCAUGGUGGAAUGCAUCUUGACGAGUAGUUGUGAGGCACCGCCGGCACCUUUGAUUGUUUUCUCCGGUUCGUGCUGGUUCAACACUUGUGCUUAGGGACAAGUUGACGUUUGCAUUGGUGAUCUGGUGGCAGGUAUGUUGCAGGCUUGCAGUUCUGCAACCCAUAUCAGUCUUAUCAGAUGAUGCACUAGGCUGCAUGUUGAGGUACCGGUAGGUGUGGGGCGCUCAUUCUCACGUGCUGUGCACCUGCAGUUGUGGCCGUCUUGGCCAACUUUGACCCGAUCGGCAUGAGCCUGAAGGCCUGCCUACCUGGACAACAGCUAUGCAGGGCUGGCAAGCCCAGGGCGAGCUGUGCGCUGCGGUGGACGUGCAGUGGUUUUGCUUGCUAUGUGAUUUAGUUGACUUGCGCUUUGUGGCGCAUACACAGCGCUGUAUGGGUCAUCACUACUUGUUCACCUUUGCGAAGGUGUCGGGCCAUGAAACAAUGAAAUACGACGGUGGCGCACUUUGCGGACCAUGUAUCCGCACUGCGUGCACCAGUAUGCUGUCACAGCCAUGUGCGGAUGCGUAGGGGG